AGAUUGGCCCGGGCCACACAUCGUCCUGCCGAACUGCCCACUAAAGUUAAGAUCCUGGAAACACCGGAGGACAUCCAGGAGCGAAGAGAGCAAGUCUUGUCUCGGUAUUCAGCCUUCAAGGAGGCUACAGAAUAUAGGCGACAUAGAUUAGAACAAGCGAAGAGGUAUCAGUUUUUCAAACGCGAUGCUGACGAGCUCGAGGGAUGGAUCCUGGAGAAGCUGCAAACCUACUCCAAUGAGGACUUCAAAGAGCUUAGCAAUCUUCAGGCGAAGAAACAAAAACACCAAGCUUUGGAAUUGGAGGUCACUGCCCAUGCUGAAAUAUUGUCCUCUCUGGAUUCCGCUGGAGAACAGAUGAUAAACGAACAACACUAUGCCUCCGAGAUCAUAAAGGUGAUAAUUGGCUCAUGGAAAUGUUCCGCGAGAAUCAAUUUCUCCGUUUGGCUGACGAUUUGCUUUUUUGGAUUCAAGAGUAUGGGAAUGAUCUGGAACAUGUUGAGGCUCUCCAGAAGAAGUUUGAUGAAAACACGAGCCCAAGAGGUGUAUACCAAGGAGGAUGAGUUGUUGAAGGAAGGAUUUCCAGAAGAUCGUUUGGUAAGCGAGAAGUCGAGAGAAGUGCGCGAAGCGCUCGAACGAUUAAAAGAACUAGCACAGCACAGAUACCACAAACUAUUUGAAGCGCACGAGAUACAACGCUUUUUCCGCGAUACGGACAAGGCAAUAUCUUGGGUAAACGAAAAAUCUAUUCCCCUUUCGGUCGAUGAUUGUGGCCGUGAUCUUGCUUCGGUUCAGGCACUUCAGCGUAAACAUGAUACACUGGAGAGAGACCUUACAGCACUCGAAGAGAAAUUGGUGCAUUUGGGUGUCGACGCCGAGGCACUGGCGGAAAAACAUCCGGAUUCAAAGGAAACGAUACACGAUAAACAUCGUACUCUCCUCAAUGCAUGGGAAAAGCUAAAAUCUCAGGCGGCAGAACGUAGGGCCAAGCUAGAUGAGGCAUUCAAACUUCAGCGUUUUCUUGCCGACUGGCGCGAUUUGAACUUAUGGAUCACUGAAAUGAAGGCCUUAAUUGAAGCUGAUGAACUUGCGAAGGAUGUUGCUGGCGCGGAAGCCCAUGUCGAACGUCAUAUGGAACAUAAAUCAGAAAUUGCUUCUCGAGAGGAGAGUUUCCAAACUUGCAUGCAAGAGGGCAAAAACUUGAUUGAUUCUGGUAUUCCCAACAGUGCUGAUGUUGCCACAAAGCUGUCAGAGCUUGAGCGUGAACGAGAAAAUCUGAUAAACUUAUGGGAGGCCCGUCGAAUUCAAUUAGAGCAAUGCAUGGAUCUCCAGCUUUUCUAUAGGGAUGUGGAACAAGCAGAGUCAUGGAUGUCUAAACAGGAGGCUUUAUUGGAGAAUAAAGAUGUUGGUGACUCACUGGAUGCCGUUGAGGCUCUGAUGCGGAAACACGAGGAUUUCGAGAAGUCUCUCGAUGCACAAGAGGAAAAGAUGAAGCAUAUCGAUGAUUUUGCCAAUAAACUUAUAGAGAAUGGCCACUAUGCAGCCCCACAAGUUGCUGAACUUAAGAACUCCUUAGCUACUCGUCGAGCAGCUUUGAGGGAGAAGGCUGCCGCCCGGCGUCAACGUUUAGAGGAUUCCCACCGAUAUCAAAUGUUUGAUCGGGAUGCAGAUGAAAUGCAAUCAUGGAUAACAGAAAAACUGCGGUGUGCUUGCGAUGAAAGCCAUAAAGAUCCAACAAAUCUUCAGACCAAAUGCCAAAAACACCAGAACUUUGAGGCCGAAAUCCAAGCAAAUCAGUCUCGAGUGGAUGAUAUCCGAAAAAUGGGUCAGGAUCUUAUACAGGCGCAGCAUUACAACGCUCCUGAAAUUGGGGCCCGGAUUGAACAAUUGGAUGAUACCUGGCUACGUUUGGCAAACGCCAUGUCGAAUAAAAAGAAGAAUUUGGAUCAGGCCAGCAGACAGCAGCAAUUUGUUCGUAACGUUGAAGAUGUUGAAUUGUGGUUGGGUGAAGUAGAAGCCCAGCUGAGUUCCGACGAUGUGGGUCGUGACCUAAACGGUGUAAUCAAUGCUCAAAAGAAGCACAAUCUGUUGGAAGCAGACGUCCAGGCCCACCGAGAUCGUGUCGAUGCUUUCAAAUCUCAGGCGGACACAUUCGCCGCCGAAGGGCAUUUUGAUGCACCGGUGAUAGCCGAAAAACAGGUGCAGUUGAUGCAGCGUUAUAAGGCGCUAGAAGAACCUUUGAAACUUCGACGCGAGAAGCUGAAGGAUGCGUAUAAGUUGCAUCAGUUCUUCCGUGAUGUUGAAGACGAGCAAGAUUGGAUUCAUGAAAAGGAGCCUAUUGCUGGUUCAACAAACGUCGGUCGUGAUCUGAUAGGUGUUCAAAAUUUGAUAAAAAAACACCAGGCGGUUUCUGCAGAAGUUUCCGGUCAUGAACCCCGAAUUGAAGAGGUUAUUCAAGAGGGAAAUGCCAUGAUAAAUGCCAGUCAUUACGCCUCGGAUGACAUCGUCAAACGGAUAUCAGAGUUGCGUACCGACUGGAAGCAUUUGUGCGAUAAAACCGACAGACGUCGUCAGUUGCUUGAAGAUUCAUUACAGGCACAGCAGUAUUUUGCAGAUGCUAGCGAAGCCGAAAGCUGGAUGCGAGAGAAAGAGCCGCUUGUUGGAUCAUCCGAAUUCGGUCGAGACGAGGACUCCACAGAAGCACUUCUAAAGAAACAUAAUGCGUUAAUGGCAGAUAUUGAAGCUUAUGGAUCCACCAUUGAGGCUCUUGCCGCACAAGCCAACGCCUGUCGCAUGCAAGAAGCACCAAUCAGUGAUGUGUUAGGAAAAGAUGUAGUCAUGGCCUUAUAUGACUACCAAGAGAAAUCACCGCGCGAGGUUUCUAUGAGGAAGGGAGAAAUACUCACCUUAUUAGCCAGUAACCAUAAGGACUGGUGGAAAGUCGAAGUAAACGAUCGUCAAGGUUUUGUCCCAGCGGCUUAUGUUAAAAGAGUGGAAGCUCCCCUGUCGGACAGCCAGGCGGACCUAGCCGAAAAGCCGUUAACUGUGGCUUCGCAACAGCAACGUUUGGAAGAGCAGUAUCAGUACUUGCUGCAGCUGGGUCAUGAUCGCCGUGAGCGGCUUCAAGAUUCUGUCGAAGCUUACCAGUUAGUUCGAGAAGCAAAUGAUUUACAUCAGUGGGUUGUCGAGAAGGAGCUUGUGGCUGUCACUGAGACGAUAGUACCUGGUCGUUUAGAGGAAGUAGAAUCUGAACGCAAGAAAGUAGACGACUUGGUCGUUGAGCAGAAAGAACGUGAAGCGCGUGUAACAGAACUUUGUGCCAAAGCUGAUAAACUGAAGCGCGGUGGACAAACCGAGGCAGUUGAAAAGAUCGAGGGUAUUAUUAUGCAACUACAAAAGAAAUAUGAACAAUUGGAGGAGGUAACCACCAAGAAAGCGAAGGAUCUUGAUGACAUCAAUGCAGUUCAGCGAUAUCAUCGUGAAUGUGAUGAAGCGAAAGAUUGGAUUGAGGAAAAAGAAGAAAAAGAAGCUCGUCUUCUCAUAGAUGAUCUUGGGAACGACUUGACCUCGGUCCAACGUCUAAUAAGGAAGCAUGAUGCAUUGGAGCGUGAUAUGGUAGCACUCGACGAUCGUGUCAAACAGUUGGACAGCAAAGCAGCGGACUUAGUGCAGACACACCCCACAGAAGCUGAAGCUAUCUGCAGACAUCAAGAAGAGAUAAACCAAAGUUGGAACAAUCUUGCCUCCCUUGCUGAGCAGCGCAAAGCCAAACUUUUGGAUUCACUUGAUCUCCAGAAGUUUCUUGCGGAUUGCAGAGAUCUUCAGUCAUGGAUCAAUACGAUGGAUUCAUUGGUCGCUUCAGACGAGCUUGCAAAAGAUGUAACCGGUGCUGAAGCUUUAUUGGAAAGACAUCGUGAUUAUCGUACGGAGAUAGAUACACGUGGACCUGCGUUUGACAACCUGGAGGCCUUCGGCAAAGAACUCCUCGACCAUGGUCAUUAUGCUGGUGAACAAGUGCAGGAGAACUUGCAGCGCAUUACUGAGGCUCGCAGAGCCCUGAAUGAUGAUUGGCUUAACCGUCAGAAAACGCUGGAACAAUGUUUAGAGGAACAGUUAUUCCUUCGAGACUGCGAGCAGGCUGAAGACUGGAUGGCUAUCCGGGAGACAUCUCUCGCUGGGGACGAUGUUGAUGGAAACAAAGUUGAUGCGCUUAUCAAGAAACAUGAGGAUUUCAAUCGCGCCAUCAACCUGCAAGAGGCUAAAAUUCAGUCGUUGACUACCGGUGCUAAUAAACUAUUGGAGACUGACCAUUAUGACUCCGAUGCGAUCCGCGCCAAGCUCACAGACGUUCUCGAUCGCUGGAGUCAUCUCAAAGAUGCUAUGAUUGAGAACCGCAGCAAACUAAGGGACGUACAAACAUUCCAGGCAUUCAUCAGAGAUGCAGAUGAAAUGGAGCUUUGGAUUACUAAGAAGAUGCAAAUGACCAUGGAUGAAUCAUACAAAGACCCCAAAAUCAAUGUUCAAGCAAAACACCAAAAACACCAAGCUUUCGAAGCGGAGUUGGCUGCAAAUGCCGAGCGCCUACAGGGUAUUAUCGGAGCAGGUCAACGCCUGAUAGCAAAUGAGCAAUGCAAAGGCCAGGAAAAUAUUGUACAAGAACGUAUUGAAAAACUAGCUGACCAAUGGGAUCAUCUGGUUAACCGCUCAAAAGAGAAAUCGGAGAAGUUACAAGAGGCCAACCGUCAAGCUCAGUACGAUGCAGGAAUUAAAGAUAUUGAGUUUUGGCUCGGUGAAAUGGAAACCUCUCUGGCUAGUCCAGAUUACGGGAAAGAUUCGGCGUCUGUCGACAGUUUGCUGUCAAAACAUCAGGUCAUUGUCACAGACAUCCAAGCGCACGAAGAUCGCAUUAAGGAGCUAGAUGCCCGGGCUGACGAAUUUAUUCGUUCGGGCGCUGGUGAUGCCGAAACGAUCCUCGAACGGAAGAAGAUGAUCAAUGAGCGAUAUGAGAAGAUUCGGGCGCAGUCGGAAAACCGAGCAGUAACCCUUGGAAAAGCCAAACGACUUCAUGACUUUUACCGAAAUAUGGAUGAUGAGGAGACGUGGAUUCGCGAGAAGAAAAUAAUCGUUAGUUCCGAGGACUACGGUCGUGAUCUGAUUGGAGUGCGCAACUUACAUAAAAAGCACCAGCGUAUUGAGGCGGAGGUGUCUGCACACGCACCUGCCAUAAAACAGGUCUUGGAACAGGGCGAGGAGCUGACUGUGGGAACUCUGUUGACUGAUCCAGAGGUCGUGCGACAAAGAAUGGCGCAUUUGCAAUCUGCGUGGGAAGAACUUCAAGCCUUAACCGCUUUACGACGUCAGAAAUUGGAGGAAUCACUGGCGUACCAAGACUUUUUGGACAGUGUUGAGGAAGAGGAAGCAUGGAUCUUAGAAAAGCAACACUUGUUGAGCAGUGAAGAUUACGGCGAUACUUUGGCUGCUGUUCAGGGUUUGCAAAAGAAGCACGAGGCUUUUGAAACCGACCUUAAAUGCGAAGAAUUAUGUGUUUUGGGUGGUGAACUCAUACAAGCGGAUAAUCAUAAUCGUGCGGCCAUAGACCAACGUCGCGAGGGUUUACGGGAGAAACUAGAAACACUGAAGCACGCCGCACAACGUCGGAAGUCCAAUCUUACCGACAAUUCAGCAUUUUUGCAGUUCAUGUGGAAAACAGACGUAGUUGAAUCGUGGAUUGCUGAUAGAGAAACACAAGUGCGAAGCGAAGACUAUGCUCGUGACCUCAGCAGUGUCCAAACUCUACUGACCAAACAUGAAACUUUUGAUACUGCACUGGAAUCUUUCCAAGCUGAAGGCAUUCAGACGAUUACUGCGCUUCAUGAUCAACUGGUCAAUGCCAAUCACGCUCAGACUCCUGCAAUCAAACAACGAUUCAACACGCUAAUGGAUCGGUGGGAACGCUUGCGACGUGAUUCCGAACGACGCAAAACUGAUCUUUUGCAAUUGCAAGAACAAUAUAAAAAAGUUGAGGAGUUAUACCUGACUUUUGCUAAGCGUGCAUCCAUGUUCAACUCGUGGUUCGAAAAUGCCGAAGAGGAUUUGACGGAUCCAGUCCGUUGCAAUUCUCUUGACGAGGUGCGAGCACUGUCUGAAGCACAAAAUCAAUUCAAGCUGUCUUUGAAGGCAGCUGAAGUAGAUUUCCAACAAUUGGCACAAUUGGACCACGAAAUCAAGAAUUAUGGCGUUGGUAUGAACCCCUACACUUGGUUCACAAUGGAAGCAUUGAUCGACACGUGGCGCAACUUGCAAAAGAUAAUCGCGGAACGCGAUGCUGAACUGCGCAACGAAACCUUGCGUCAAGAACAAAACGAUCAAUUACGCCAGGAGUUCGCUCAAGUAGCAAAUGCCUUCCACCAGUGGCUCACUAAUGUGCGGACUUCUAUGAUGGAAGCCAGCGGCACGCUGGAGGAGCAGCUGGAAGCCACCCGUGAAAAGGCGAACGAAGUCAACGCGCACAAAAAAGAUUUGCGUGAAAUCGAAGAACUUGGUGCUCGUCUUAAAGAGCGCCUCAUUCUAGAUAAUCGUUAUACAGAACACAGCACGGUGGGUCUCAGUCAAGCCUGGGAUCAGCUAAAUCAACUGGCAAUGCGUAUGCAACACAACUUAGAACAACAAAUUCAAGCCCGAAACGUUAGUGGAGUGAGCGAGGAAGCACUACGGGAAUUCUCCAUGAUGUUCAAACAUUUCGAUAAAGAUAAAUCCGGUCGUCUGGAUCACCGGGAGUUCAAGUCUUGCCUUCGUGCACUUGGACAUGAUCUUCAUGAAGUCGGCGAAGGUCAAGUAGACGAAGAGUUUGAGGCAAUCCUCAAUGUGGUGGAUCCUAACAGAGAUGGUGUAGUCACACUUCAGGAGUUCAUGGCGUUCAUGAUCAGUCGUGAGACAGAAAACGUCCAAUCUCGCGAUGAAGUCGAAGAAGCCUUCCGUGAACACCUCAAGGAAGGCAAGGAAUACAUCACCAAGGAACAGUUGUACGCGGUAGGUUCCAUUUGCGUAUGGUAUUUCUGA